AUGAACGAUUUCAACUUUUUAUGCGUUUUGGGAAGAGGAUCGUUCGGCAAAGUUAUGUUAGCAGAAGAAAAACAAACUAAAGAGUUGUAUGCUAUAAAAUGUUUGACUAAAGAAUCUGUUGUUCAAGAUGCUAUUGAACCUGUUUUUGUUGAAAAACGUAUCCUCAGUCUUAAAAACAAACCGCCGUUUUUAGUCAAUUUACACUCUUGUUUUCAAACAAAAGAUCGAUUAUUUUACGUAAUGGAAUAUGUUAAUGGAGGAGAUUUGACUUUCAGAAUUCAGAAAGAAAAAAGUUUUAAAGAGCCUAUAGCUGUUUUUUAUGCAGCCGAAGUGGCGAUAGCUUUAUUUUUUUUGCACGAAAAUGGAAUUAUCUACAGAGACUUGAAACUUGACAAUGUAAUGAUCGAUAGCGAUGGCCAUGUAAAGUUGACAGACUUUGGAAUGUGUAAGGAAAACAUUACUUCAAAUGUUAAUACAACCACGUAUUGUGGUACACCGGAUUUUUUAGCACCAGAGAUUAUUUUGCGUAAACCUUAUGGAAAGUCUGUAGAUUGGUGGGCAUUUGGAGUUUUCAUUUAUGAAAUGCUUGUAGGCGAAACACCUUUUGGUUCCUCUUACGACGAAUUGCAAUUAUCUUACAACAUUGUCGAACAAAACAUCAGUUUUCCAAAAAGUCUGUCCAAAGAAGCGAUAAACAUUAUGAAAGGACUAUUAGUAAAGAACCCUGCGACAAGACUUGGUUGUGGGACUGAAGUUCAGGAAAUUGUAAUCAAAGAGCAUUUUUUUUUUCGAAUGGUAAAUUGGGUUAAAUUAGAGAACAAAGAAGUUCAACCGCCCAUUAAACCAUUAAUAGUAAGAUUAAUUGCAAUAAUUAAAUUAAUUUUUGUAACAAUAUUGAAACAUUCAAUUAGAAAUUAUUUUGAAAUUUUUGCGCAUUUUCAGUAG